CAUAUAUUUAGAGAGAGAGAUCUAGAGAGAGAAAGUUGUUAGUUAUUGAAAUAUUCAUUAAUAUUAAUAUAUAGAUAAAUCAGAAUGUUAGAAGGGAAGGCAGUUGUGGGUGAGACAGACAUGCUGGAAGCUAUGCAGCAAGAUGCACUUGAUUUGGCAGCCAAGGCUCUUGAUUUUUUUGAUGUCACUGAUUCCACUCAAAUUGCCCGUUUCAUUAAGAAGGAAUUUGAUAGGAGUUACGGAGCGGGAUGGCAGUGUAUCGUGGGAACGGAUUUUGGUUCGUUUGUGACACAUUGGUGUGGAUGUUUUAUCCAUUUCUGCAUUGGUAGCCUUGCUAUUUUGCUCUUCCGAGGCUCUACCGGCCAAGAAACCGAAGCCGACGAUCAAUUUCCGCCUUUGAAGAUCACCGCCGCUUAAUCAACGUCUCUUUUUUCCCCUUUUGUCCUUAUUCCGUUUUUUUGUCGACGCCCCAUGUAAUCAUAUUGUGGUCCUUCACAAAUUACGUAAUUAAUUUGCUUUUUAUAAACUAAGUUUCUUUUUUCACCAUAUGGUCUAUAUUAUAUUCACAUUCA